AUGCUCUUCAACAGCAAGCGUGCUUCCAUAGCUUUUCGGGCCAACCGCAACGAUGACGGCCUGAGGGGCCAAGUUCGCGAGCCGAGCCCCAUCGUGAGCCUCGGCUGGUGGCUAGCGCCGCGGGCGCUCGGCGCCCUGGGCCUGCUCGCCGCGAUGCUGGCGUGGCGCGCCGAGACGGGCCGCGGGAGCCUGGUGCGCCUCGGCCUGGGAGCCGCGCUGAUGGCCGUGGCCGCCUUCUGGGUCGCCGUCCAGACGGUGCGCGGCUGGUGGCGCGCUGCCAGCGGGCAUCAGGCCGAGGUGGAGGCCCUUCGCGCUCAGCUGGCGAGCCUCUCGCUGGACGGAGCCCAGGCGAGUGGCCCGGAGGCGAGGGCUGGCGCAGGCGCGCCCGAGCUGCCGGCGUGGCCAGCGCCGAGCGCACCCCCGCCAGGUCUGGGGCAGCCAGGGGUGCCGCCAGCUCCCCCCCACAGCGUGGACCCCGCCAUGGACGCGUUCCACGCCUUCGCCGCGGGGGGGGGCUGCACUGGGCCGCUGUCGUGGACAGCAGCACCGUCGGGUCCGCCAGCGCAGCCCGAGGCGGGCGCGGGCCCGACCACGACAGCGGUCCUGCCAACGGUGCCUGGCGGAGGCCCAGGCGGACCUGGGCUACAGGCGGCCGCAGCGGCCGCGGCUUGCGCCAAGAAGGUGAAGGAGGCUCUCCUAAACACGAAGGGCUUUGCGCAGCAGCUGCACUGGCUCAAGAGAGGGUGGCGCCAGUACUUUCCUGCGUUCGAUAUGGCGCCCAAGGGCUACGUCAAGGACAAGAACACUGGGGGGUGGAUCAAGGGCCCAGACUUGACGGAGGAGAACGUGCCACCACUGCCGAGCCCGCCUGGGACACCGUCCAGUUGGGUGCAGUGCGUCAGUGCUCCGCCGUCAAGGGCCACGUCGCGGACGGCAUCGCCGGGGGCAGUUUCGCUCGUCCUCACGCCGCCCAAGGCCAAGAGCCCGGGCACGCUGCCGCCCGCCACUGUGCUCGCAAUCCCACCUCCGGAGGCAGCGGGCCAGCCGAUGACACACAAGCUGCAGUUCUACGCGCAGGCACCAUGCAAGCCGCAGCAGACCAGGGCGCAAAGGGGAAGCUACCUCAAGUCGGUUGUUGGCUACAGUAGGGUGCUCCAGAUUCUCUGCGGCCCGUGUUUCGCGCCUGCCAUCAUCCUCACGGUGCUCGUCGUCAGUUUCCCGUCGAGCCUCUUUCCUAACAUGUCCAGGGGUGCCGAGGCUGCGGCGUCCCUGGUGGAGGAUGUGGCAGGCGCAGGUGGGGCUGUGGCCCUCGCGGCCAGGAACCUGACUUUGGCCGUGAGUGGGGGCUGGUGGGAUUCUGCUACGUUUGUGGAUGAAGCGUGGUCUGGGAUAGAUCUGCUGGGCUGCCGCUUGAACGUCACAGGCGGCCGCUUCGUCGUUGACAUUGGUGCACGCUCUCGCCCCAGUAUGAUGAAGGAGCUCGAGCGGGGGCUGUCCGUGGUGCCAGAUGACCUGGCAGUGGAGUUGUGGGGUUCCAUUAACGCUGUAUCGGUCAGGGCGCCAGUGGCGGCGCGGCUCUCCUCCCAGUUCAAUUUCACGGAGAGCUUCUUCAUCUGGGAUUGGGAGGUACUGUUAGUGGACGAAGAGGUGCUGGCAGUACGAUAUUAUUUCGCUAGAUUGGGAUUUGAACUUCAGUGGGCUAAUCCGUUGUGGGCACUCACAGGGGCCGAUCCCGGAAGAGAGCUGGAGCGCAUCACGACGAGAGUCAAGGAUGCGAUAGAGUCGGCAGUCGACGCCUCCGUGCUGCGGACACCGCUGACCGCGCAGGAGGAGCACGGCCUGCCCCCCGGGGACGCCACGCCCGUGCCGGACACCCUCGCGUUCGCGCGCCUGAAAGGUGGCGCGGGCGUCCCGUGGAGCCCGGAGGAGGCGUGCCGGGCCGCGUCGGCUCUCUGCGAGCUCGCCGUGGUGACGCUCGGCUCCGGCGGGGUCUGGGUCGCGCGGGGGCGCGGCGCCGAGCCGAGGCUGCACCCGGUGCAGCCGGCCGAGCCAGCCAAGGUGGUGGACUCCACGGGCGCGGGGGACUUCUUCGCCGGCGGCUUUCUAGGCGCCUGGCUCAGGGGCCUCCCGGAGGAGGAGUGCGUGCGCUGGGGGUCCGCGGCCGCGGUCGCCGUGCUGUCGGCGUUCGGCACCGAUCUCGGCCGCGCGGGCUGGGAAGCGCUGCGGGCCGAGUGCAUGGCGACCUGA